AUGGAGGCAUCGAACACAACAGAGAACGACACGAAAAUGCGGGAGUCUUCCUCGUUCCCUUCCUCGACUGCGGAGGCGCACUUGGAGGAGGAGGCGCGCAUGAGCGACUCGCUGUCGAGUGUACCGACGGACGACGAGAAAACGAAGGAAGAGGACGAUGAUGCCGUCGAGGGAACCCCGGAAGAAAGAAUGACAAUCGCCCUCUCCUGCAAAGAUGCAGGAAACGACGUCUUCAAGAGUGGAGACAUCGCGGCAGCGAAAGCCAAGUACACGGAGGGCCUGAAGCAGCUGAAGGAUUUGGAUUUUGGGGACGCGAAAAGGCUGCGCGUCGCGUUGAACUCGAACGUAGCGAUGUGCUGCAUCAAAGCCGAAGACUGGUCCGAGGCGAUUGCCGCCGCGAAUGCCGUUCUCGAGGAAGAGCCCGAAAACGUGAAGGCUCUGUAUCGUCGCGGCGUAGCCCGCAGCGCCUUUGGUUUCUACGGGGAGGCGAAGGCGGAUCUUCUCCAAGUUGCGCGUUUGGAUCCGAAGAACGCAGAUGCGCGCAAAGAACUCGAGAAGGUGAAGGAGCGAAUUGCCAAGCACAACGCCGAGAAGAAAAAGGCUUUCAGCGGCCUCUUUGACAGAGCGGCAGGAAUGUACGCGGACCGAGAAGAGCAGAUGCGGCAAAAGCGGUUGCAGGCGGCGGAAGAGGAGAAGAAGCAAAGGGCGACUUGGGAGAAGGAAAUGGAGGAGCGAAGAGAGAAGGGCGAAGAAGAGAUCUCUUUCGACGCGUGGAAAGACGAGCAUCGGAAAGCCGAGGAAAAAAAAGACAAGCAACGCCGCGAGCGGAACAACUCCCCCGCGUCGUCGCCUUCGACGACAGCUUCCUCAGGGCGAACGAGCAAGGCGUCAGGGGGAGUGGAGUGUCUGGAACUCGACGAAGAAGACCAGAAGAUCAUCGACGAAACGAAGAAGAUGGGUUACUGCUACUUCCGUCGAGAUCUGACAGAAGAGGAAAAGAAACUGAAUGCACAGCACCGACCGACGCGAAUCGAACCCGAAGACGCGAGCGCCGCAGCGGGCACCGCUGGGGGGCGGUCGACAGUUGCAUCCAACGCCGAGAACGCUUCGACUGGAGCCAAACAGAGCGGCGUCUCUUCCUGGAACUCCGCUGGAACCACGUACGAGGAAAAAGACGUCUCGGAGUGGGCUAAGAAGCGAUUCGAGGAGCGGUUGAAAGAAGCGAAAGUUGUUCGCGGCAGCGACAUCGAUUCCCUCCUUCAAAACCCCGAGCAGCUCGGAUCGUCGAAGGGCGGCGAAUCCGCGGAUCCUCUCGCCUCUUUGCAGAAACUCAUGGGGCAGUUCAUGCAUACAGAAAUCAAGUGCAAAGAGGUGACAGGCUUGACGGGAGAUGCGCAGGUCGUCGUGAUGCGAGGGACGAAACGUUUCCUGUUUGAAUUCGCAUGCACCGUCGUCUUCGAAGUGUCCGGGGAGCUCACGCUCCCAGACAACGGACUCGUGCCGACAGCUGGCGAGAAAGACGACACCAAGUUCUGCUACAAAGGAGAGAUUUCGCUUCCGGAAGUGAGCAGUGCAGACGGCAAGGGCGAGGCGUGGCUGACGGGCAGUCGCAUCAAAAUGAAACAGAAAGUGGAUCCUCGCAACCAAGCAAUUGUCGACGAGUGCAUCGAUGCCUUCAAGAAGCAACUGGUUCACCAAAUUCACCAAUUCCUUGCGGACUUCUCCAAGACAGCGUGA